AUGAAGUUUUUCGUUGCUUUGAUUCUUGGAGUUCUCCUUCUUUCCACUUCUAUUUCUGCCCAAACUCCAAUUUCGUGUGCAUUCUGCUUGUCUGGAAUUGCUCAAAUCAAUCAACAAAUCGUUUCUUCUCCUGAUAUGCAGGCUCAAAUGGGAAUCCAAGCAUCCCAGGGCUGUGAUCAGAUUCCAGUGAAAAAAACUCGUCAGACUUGUCGUGGAAGCUUGAACACAAACUUUAGCAUUUUCUAUGCGAACUUCACUGAGCAAGCCAACAACUCUCCAACUCAAAUGUGCAUCAAUAUGGGAAUGUGCUAG